CGCGCGACUCCACCCAACGGCCAGAACUGAAGCACAAAACAACUUUCGCGAGCGCGGCGCGAGUCAUGGCGUCAAAGAAGAUCUCCUGAAGAACAAACUGCACAAACUCUCACCAAAAGCCCCUAACAAGCCAUCGACGACCGUCUGGAUCUAAUAUAAACAACAAAAAAGUCCACUUUACGAAGGAAUCAUGGUUACCGAGUGUCGACUUUAAAGCUAGCAGAGCGCAGCUAGCUCAAGAGUUUGGCGUCGCGAGGAGUUACGCGAACAGUGUAAAUAUAGUGUAAAUAUCUAAUUUAAUACAGAGUAGUGUGAGGAAGCGAGCUGUAAGAGUCUCCGCGAGAGUUUGCUGGUGUGUAGUUUGCCUGUGGACGGGUGGAGAUGGCUCAGUCACCGGUAUCUGUUCAAGUUCCUGGAAUGCAGAACAGUCGAACAGACCCCGAGGAGCUGUUCACUAAACUGGAGCGCAUCGGGAAGGGCUCGUUCGGGGAGGUGUUUAAAGGCAUCGACCGCCGCUCUCAGAACGUAGUGGCCAUCAAAACCAUCGAUCUCGAGGAAGCAGAAGAUGAAAUCGAAGACAUCCAACAGGAGAUCACCGUUCUCAGCCAGUGUGAUAGUCCUCAUGUCACCAAAUACUAUGGCUCUUACCUAAAGGGUAGUAAACUAUGGAUCAUAAUGGAGUAUCUGGGAGGGGGUUCGGCUCUGGACCUGCUGCGAGCCGGACCCUUUGACGAAUACCAGAUAGCCACCAUGCUGAAAGAGAUUUUAAAGGGUUUGGACUACCUGCACUGUGAGAAGAAAAUCCACAGGGACAUAAAAGCCGCCAACGUCCUGUUGUCUGAGUCUGGAGAGGUGAAGCUGGCAGACUUCGGUGUGGCGGGACAGCUGACAGACACACAGAUCAAAAGGGAGACGUUUGUGGGUACACCGUUCUGGAUGGCACCAGAGGUCAUCCAACAGUCUGCUUAUGACUCAAAGGCUGAUAUCUGGUCUCUUGGGAUCACUGCCAUUGAGCUGGCCAAGGGCGAGCCGCCGAACUCAGACAUGCACCCCAUGCGAGUCCUCUUCCACAUCCCCAAGAACACGCCACCCACCCUCAACGGAGACUUCUCCAAGAUCUUCAAGGAGUUCGUGGACUCCUGUCUCAACAAAGACCCUACAUUUAGGCCCACAGCAAAGGAGCUUCUGAAGCACAAGUUCAUAAUUAAAUAUGCCAAGAAGACGUCCCACCUCUCCGACCUCAUCGACAGACUGAAGCGCUGGAAAGCCGAGGGACACAGUGAUGGAGAAUCCAGUUCUGACUCUGACUCAGAGAGCAACAGUAAGGACAAUGAAUCGUCUCCUGAAUGGUCCUUCACAACCGUUCGAAAGAAGAAGCCAGAAAAGAAGCAGCCCAACGGAAUGGCAGAAGAAGUGCAGAAGAAGUCCGUCAGUUUAACCACCGUCAUGGCUCCUGUUUUUUCUGAGCUGAAAUCCCAGCAGCGAGACGAUGAGAUGACGAGAGGAGUGUUGGAGGAGCUGGAGAAGAGUCUGCAUGUGGCUGAGGAUCUCUGUCCUGGUGUCACAGACCGCAUGAUCAGCCACAUCCUCGAGAGAGUUCAGAGGUUCUCUGUGAGUUAGUGGGAAACGCCACGCUUCUGCUGUCAGCCCCUGAUGACUGCACCUUAACACACACUCACACAGAGAACACACUAUCUCAUCAUAACCAAAAGGAAUUCUGCUCUUCUUGUCCCAAAGAAUGGAAAA